AUGACUUUGAGAUUCCGCUUGUUCGCAGACGACAGCUGCUCCCCAGUUACGACUGACGUCACAUCCAGUUCAUCCUGGAAGGAGAUCGAGACUGUGCUGACUCCUUGUCGCUCAGCAGAUGACAGUGUGGACUCCGGCAUUGGAUCAAGCGUUACACUAUCGAUCAAGCUUCCGUCACGCAAACGCUGUUUAUCUCGUACAUUCAUCGCAAGGAAGAGUCUUUUCUCGGGAAAGCGUCCAGCCGACGCCGAUGAAGCACAGUCGCCGUUGAAAAAGAAAUCUAAAAGCGAUGACGUCAUAACUGAAGCUCCCUCAACUGAUGACAUCAUAACCGCCGUUGAGCGUCUGGAAUCACAUGACCUGAUAGCCGAUGGAUCACGUGGCUACACACUUCCCACAAUCCCUGGUAAACACAGCGACCUCAAAUCCAUCAGCGCAGACACGAUGGCGGAAGUCUUGAAUGGAGUCUACAGCGACCGCCUGCAUAAGGUGACGAUCGUGGACUGUCGAUAUCCGUACGAGUUCGAAGGAGGUCACAUCCGCGGUGCAGUUAACAUGUACACGAGGGACGCUGUAAAUAGUCUCCUGGAGACCCAGACGACAGCAGGGAAACGUCACGUGCUCAUCUUCCACUGUGAAUUCUCGUCCGAGCGCGGACCAAGAAUGUACCGGCACUUGCGCAGUCAGGAUCGAGCCUUGAAUCAGGAUCAUUACCCGAAACUGAACUUCCCGGAAGUGUACCUCCUCCACGGUGGAUACAAAGCCUUCUAUGAAUCCCACGGUGACCUGUGUGACCCCGAUAGCUACACUCCCAUGUUGCACCUAGAUCACUGCGCGGACCUACGUCACUUCCGUGUCAAGUCCAAAACGUGGACCGCCGGUAGUGAGAAAGUCAGCAGCAGGCGACAUCGCAGUCGGAUUUUCCCUUCCGGUCUAGACUUUUAGUAACGUUAGAUAUUAUUUGUACGUGUGCCAUUGUUAUAACAAGUGCAAUAUUUG